AUGGAUCGCGCAAGGAAGCGCGAAUUGCGCACACUGAAUGAAAAGGCAUGGGAUGGCGAAUCUGAUGUAUUCCUCGUUGGAAAGACCCUCGAUUCGUCCCUCAAGAAGAAUACCGCUUUCAUCAAACGAUUACGAACUGCUGUCACUGCUGCGACCCUCAGCACCUUCCUCCAGGAAAUCCGAACCCUGAGCCUGCACAAGUACCUUUCCGAGAUUAUAUCUGCCUGCUAUGAAGGCCUUUGUAGACUCAAGUCGCCUGGUGAAAUCGAGGCCGGUGUUGAGAUCGUCAGUGCGCUUCACCAGCGAUUCGGGCCAAGCGAGUUUACGGAAUAUCUAGCGUGGCUGCUUGGUAAGGGUAUGGCAACUCCUGAUAAGGGUAUCCUCAAAUCUCUGGCACCCGAGGUUCGUGAGAAGGAGGAGAAGGAGCGUAUCACUAGACAGCGCGCAUUACUUCGAGUGGUAACUGAGCUGUGGCUUGUGGGAGUUAUCAGGACGCUUGACGAUGUCAGCAAGCCUGACGACGCGACCAAGGGAGCUGCCGGCAAGAGCACCGAAUUGAAAACUCGGACCAACAAGGGUGCAGGUGCGGAACCUUUCCCUCUCGAAGUGCUGAAAGAUCUACUCGGAUACGACCGCGAACACGCAAAUCUCCCGCUUCUCGUCAUUUUUGUCAAGUCAUUCAGCUGGGAUAUCCUUGGAGUGAAGCCAACAGGAGCCGACGGUCGAAAGACAGUGGAGGAAGAUGGCACUACAGAAGGACACGAAGUUGAGCGAGGCGACGAAAGUGAGAAUGGAAUAUCCUCCGACGAAGACCAGCCCUUUGCCGAACCUGAAAUGCGGGAGCGAUUUAGGAAUAUCCUGAAAAAGUAUUUCGACGAUGUCAAAGGGCACAUUAUCCGGGACCAGAAGUCGAUACAGUCGCAAGCUCGGCGCAAUGCUGAGGCUUAUGUGAAAUCUGGUGAGGUUUUCGAAGACCGUCAGGCAAAUUAUGAGAAACAGGUAAAGGCUCAGGAACGCCUUGUCUCCAACGCCCAAGUGGUCGCAGAUGCCAUUGGGGUUGAAAUGCCUGAUUUGAAGGAUUCGGAUGAUUCACUCGCUGCUUCCAACGGAUCUAUCGGUCUUGUCAAGACAGGCGAUUACCUGCGUUCCAUGGGAGACGGCGCAGGGAUUUGGGAGGACGAUGACGAGCGCCGCUUCUACGAAAACCUAGUUGACCUUAAAGGCAAAGUGCCGGCUAUUCUACUCGAAGAUGGAAAAAAGAAGAAGACGGAUACCGACGAGCAAGUGGGCAAGAAGUUGGACCCGGCCGAAAUGCCCGAAGCUACAAAGACUGUUGAGGUCACCGACGAUCAGUCUACAUCCAUCGCAAACCGAACCAUUGGCGCGCAAGUCGAUGCUUUGCUUGCCCGUUUACCCGAGUUGACAAACAAGGACAUUGUCGAUCAGACGGCCAUCGAUUUCUGUUUCCUCAACUCGAAGGCUUCGCGCAACCGCCUCGUCAAGGCCUUGACAGAGGUCCCAAAAGGCCGAAGCGAUUUGCUGCCAUCUUGGUCACGACUCGUUGCUACCUUGGGACGAUAUAUGCCAGACGUUCCGAAAGGCCUUGUUGACUACCUGGAUGCUGAGUUCCGAAGCUUGCAAAGACGGAAAGAGAAGGACUUUUUGGGCCAGGUCCGCCUAAGUAACAUUCGCUAUCUUGCCGAAUUAACAAAAUUUGGCAUUGUUCCCGAGCAUGUUGUCUUUCAUUGUUUGAAGGUCAGUCUUGACGAUUUUUCACGCAUGAACAUCGAAAUUCUUUGCAACCUGAUCGAGAAUUGCGGUCGUUACCUGCUUCGGAAUCCAGAAACAGCCCCGCGUAUGAUGAGUUUCCUUGAAACUCUUCAGCGCAAGAAGUCUGUUCAGCAUAUUGGGCAGCCAGAGCGCAUGCUUAUCGAUAAUGCCGUCUAUUACGUUGAUCCGCCAGAACGCUCGGCUAUCGAGCAAAAGGAACGCACUCCCAUGGAACUGUUCGUUCGCAAAUUGAUCUAUGUUGAUAUGACGAAGAGAAAUUAUAGCAAGAUCUUGAAGCAGAUUCGAAGACUUCACUGGGAGGAAACAGAGGUGGUUGCCAUCUUGGAAAAGGUGUUUUCCAAGCCUGGAAAGGUCAAGUAUGGAAGCGUUCACCUUCUUGGAAUCCUGCUUAGCGCGCUCUAUCGUUAUCACCCUGCCUUUGUAGUGAAGGUUAUCGACAACGUGAUUGAAUCCAUGACGUUUGGUCUUGAGCAGAACGACUACAGAUUCUAUCAGCGACGCGUUGCUGAAGUGAAGUAUCUUGGCGAGCUUUACAACUACCGUAUGCUUGAACAUCCUGUCAUCUUUGACAUCAUGUACAAGAUCAUGACGUUUGGAUAUGGUGGACCACCUGUGCCUGGCAAAUAUAGCCCACUAGAUCCCCCUGAUGACUUCUUCCGAAUUCGCCUUGUUUCUACGAUGCUGGAGACAUGCGGCAUGUUCUUUAACCGCGGGGCCGCGGGUAAGAAGCUAGAUUACUUUCUCUCCUUCUUCCAGUACUACAUCUUUACUAAGGCGUCCCUGCCGAUGGAUAUCGAGUUCCUGGUUCAUGAUACAUUUGCCCUUACGCGCCCGCAGUGGAAGAUUGCUUCUGGACUGGAUGAGGCAGUCAAAGCCUUCCAGCUUGCUGUUGCCCAGGAUCAGAAGUCGGCAGGCGUUGAUAAGGGAGUUGAUGUGGACGAUGCAACCAGUGACGCCUUAUCUGACGAUGACAAUGACGAAGAUGGUGAUGACAACGAUGAUAGUGCUUCGGAGGAGGAAGAGGCAGAGGAUAUGGAGGAGGACUCGGACAGCGAUAGUGCCUUUGACGAAGAGGCUAUUGUUGUGACCCGACAAGAAGAGGAGGUUGACCCUGAAGACGAAGCUGACUUUGAGCGUGAAUAUGCCAAAAUGAUGGCUGAAAGUCUCGAAUCACGCAAAUUCGAGCGUAAACAGCUCUUCGACGUGCCGCUUCCAGUUCGCUCCAAGACUCGGGAGGCGACUUCGACAGAGGGAGGUGAAGGGGAGUCCCCUCCCGGCCACACCAUGGCGUUCUCUCUAUUGACCAAAAGGGGCAACCGCCAACAGACACGAACUGUUGAGCUGCCUUCUGAUUCGACAUUUGCCGUUGCCAUGAAAAACCAGCAACUGGCUGAGCGGGAGGAACAGCAACGUAUCAAGAACUUGGUUCUCAACUACGAUCUCCAACAGAGUGAAGAUCAAGAUGGUGGUACAGACCCUCACCUUCCACAACUUUAUCGAAACACCAAUAUUCACAUACAAACUCAGGCAACGAACGACCGGCGACGUAUUAUCACAACCGUUUAG